CACCAGGCUCGUGGAUGUUGUCUACAGAAAGUGGAUACAGAAAGAAAAAUCAGCAGGUGUGUGUCAGCUCGGGGGGAGACUCGGACUCGGACUCCGCCGUGACCCCGCGCGAGCUGCUAGAAUGAUGUCAUACCUCAAGCAGGCCCCGUACGCCGUGAACGGCCUGGGGCUCGGGGGCGCGCCCAUGGAGCUCCUGCACCCGUCCGUUGGGUAUCCGGCCAACCCCCGGAAGCAGAGGAGGGAGAGAACCACGUUCACGCGCACGCAGCUCGACAUCCUGGAGUCUCUGUUCGCCAAGACGCGCUACCCGGAUAUCUUCAUGCGCGAGGAGGUGGCCCUGAAAAUCAACCUGCCCGAGUCCAGAGUACAGGUGUGGUUUAAGAACCGAAGAGCGAAGUGCAGGCAGCAACAGCAGCAGCAGACUAGCAGCAGCAGUAAUAGCGGCGGCGGCAGCGCUAAAAUCCGUCCUGCAAAGAAAAAAUCCUCUCCGUCACGAGAGAGUCCCGGAUCCGAGAGCAGCGGUCAGUUCAGUCCUCCAGCCGUAUCAAGCGCCAGCUCAUCCUCGUCAUCUUCUUCCUCGUCAUCUUCUUCAAAUUCAAACCUGGGUGGACUGAGCAUGAGUAGUAGUUCCGCAACACCUGUGUCAUCGAUUUGGAGCCCCGCCCCUAUAUCACCUCUUCCUGCUCCUCCUACCAUCCCAGAUCCAGCACCUCCUUCCAGUGCGUCCUGUAUGCAGCGGGCAGUUUCAGGAAGCGGCGGCCCAGCCGGAGUCACCUCCUACCCCGUGUCCUACAACCACAACCAGACACCCGGAUAUGCUCAGAGUUACCCCAGCACUGCGUCCAGCUCAUAUUUCGGAAGCAUGGACUGUAGCUCGUACCUGGCACCCAUGCACAGUCACCACCCGCAUCACCCUCAGAUCAGCUCCAUGGCGGGUACCGGAGUGUCCGGACACCACCACACGCACCCGCAUCACCCUCAUCACCUUGGGCAGAGCAACGGGCAUCACCACCACCCUCACCCUCACCAUCACCCGCACGUGCACACACACCAGGGCUACGGCGGCACGGCGCUGCCCUUCACCUCCUCAGACUGUGUGGAUUACAAAGACUACAAAGACCAAGCUGCCUCACCAUGGAAACUAAACUUCAGCGCAGACUGUUUGGACUACAAAGAUCAGGCGGCUUGGCGCUUUCAGGUUCUGUGA